CGCCAGCACCAUUGUUUCUUCCCUGUUUCUCUCCCUUCCCUUCUGCAUCUGCUGCGCCGUCGCCUCCUCCGCUUCGCCCCACCGCCGCGCGCGCCCUGCAGCCUCCUCCCGCGCGCGCCUCCUCCACUUCGCGCGCCGCCGCCGCCUCCGCUUCGCCGCACCGCCGCGCGCGCCCUGCAGCCUCCUCUCGCACGGUCCCUGCGCCAAACCGCGCGCGCCCUGCGGCCCCCUCCCGCGCGCGCCCUGCGGCAGCCCGCAGCCUUCCCGCGCGCCCCUGCUGACCCUCCCGCGCACCGCCGCGCGCGCCCUGCAGCCAAUAUCCUGGCCGGAUUGAUGCUCUCCUCUACAAAUCCAUCUUCCCCCCAUCUCAUAGCGCUGCCAAGUUCCAGUCUGGCCUAGUUUAGCCAAAUCAAUCCCGAAUCCAUCUCCAAGAGAGCCAGGUCGAGGAUGGAUCAAUCUGAGAAGCAAGGCAGGCUCCAAAAGAAAUUGAGGAAGAGCUCAUCGAAUUUGACUUCUAGGAGAGGCACUGGUGUUUCUGCUUCUCUUGGCAUGGCGAUUCCCGUUGAUGGAUCAGGCAGUGCUUCUGCAAGCACUGGGGCUCCUGCCGGCAGCCUAGGCAUUGGUGGUGGAACCAGCCCGCAUCCAGGUCCUUCUCUUGGGCCUGCAACAUCUCUUGGCGGCUCUUUCAUGAUUGAUGCAUCUCCCAUCAGCUCUGAAUGGCUAUAUCCAAAAGGUGGAUUUGUCAAUUCUUUACAAAACGCAUUACAGAUGCCGCAAACUAGUCAUAUGUUUCCCCAUACAUAUUCAGCUAGUUAUCCCAAUGCAAGUAAUCUUCCAGAGAAUCUCCAUUUUAUUGGAGCUUCAAGUAGAGGGACCCCAUCACCAAACGCAAGUGGCUUAGCAAUGGGGGCUGCAGAUGCACAAAAUGGGUCACAAGAAGAAACAAUUGACAUUGAUGACGAUGACACCCUCGAGCCUACCAGAUUCAUUUUGUGUACAUGAAUGACCUUUACGUAUUUCUGAUAAUUGUAUAUAUUUUUUCACUGCAACAGCAUGCGGAAUUGAUGUGAGGUUGUCGUGCACUGGAGGCUCCAAAUGAUGGCGAGAUGUUGUGCACCUAGACACUGGAGUGUUGUUCUUGCAAAUGGAUGCUUACCUGGAGGCUGGAGUUGUCCAUAUAAAUAUUAUCUAUAUGUCGCUAUGCAUUCUUAUUGUAUUGCUACCUGAAUAUUGCUUACAAUUUUAUCGUACUGCUGCCUAAAUAUUGCCUGUUGGGAUUGUAUUGCUGUGGUUGCACCUUGUCAGUCUCAUGCUGGUUACGGAGGUGAAAUCUUUGUUUGAAUUAUUAUUUAAAUAUCUAUGCUUUGUUUGAA